CGACGACAUCGAAGUUUCUCGAAGACGAGAUGGAGCUACCAUUGCAGUUUUCUGUUCAUUGGCUCUGAGGUUUAGGGUUUCAGGGAGUGAAGCUGGAGCAUGACGGAGAGCAGUCCAAGAGCAGAGAUUUAGUAAAUCCUGAAAUUAGGACUGUCCUUCGCAUCACAAGACAGGGCUCCCCUUUAAUCGAUCGAUUUUUUUUCGUGAGAUCUUGUGGACGAAUUAUUGGGAAAUUCCACAUGCGAUGGAUCUCUGUCACCAUGAACAUUUUCAAACAGAGCGAACUUUCUGAGCUUACAAUCCGCUCUCAAUCAAAUUGAUCGAUUCUCCGUAGACCGUGAGGCCUAAGAAUCGAAUCUCUCGGCAGUAGGACGAUCAAGGCCUAGAGAUCGAUCCAUAGGUACGAGAAUAUCCGUGCUCCUCCUCGUUCGAUCGCUUGAAGGAAGGACACGAAGGGGUGAGGAAUUUCCAUGGCAGAAACUCAUGUGCUCGGGCCGUGCCACCCUCGGCAGCUGGCGGAGGUGGAGGCGAUCCGAGCCAUGUACGCGGGCGAGGGCGAGUUUCACAUGACGGACGGCGAGAGAGCGGCGCUGGAGAUUUUGAGCGAGCUCGAGGAAGGCGCUUCGGCGCCCAAUUACCUCUCCAUCUCCUUCGGCGUGCAUCUUCUCGGGACGACACUCGGCGGACGGCACGUCAGUGCAGCUUUCGCCUUCCCCCGAUCAUACCCCGAGCAAGAGGCCGUCCGAGUGAGCGUGGAGUGCGGCGGCCUCAUCUCCAAACAGCAGCACGAGCGGAUCAGCCUCGGAGCUCAGCAGGCCGCGAACGAGCUCGUGGGAGACGAGGCCGUUCUGCAAGUGCUGCAGACAUUGCAAGAGCUCGCGUGGGAGCUCGAGGAAUCGACCGAUUCUGCAUCAGAUCGGCUGAUUCUCGACGGAAAUUGCAAAGAUGCAGACGAUUCUCCGCUGGUGCUGGAACGGAAGGUGAUUUGGUUCCACCACAUCAAAUCCACGCAGAAGAGGAAGGACAUUCUCGAGUGGGGCGCGGAAUUGAAGCUGGGUGGCUUCUGCAAGCCGGGGUUUCCAGGGGUUCUGAUCUUCGAGGGCGAGUCGGAGAAUGUUGCCGAGUACGUGAAAAGGAUCCAGAGGCUCAGAUGGCAAGCGCUUCAGGUUCGCGGGCAAGAGGCCGAGGAAUUGUCACGGGGGCAGGAUUUGGAUUCUUUCAGAAGGUUUCAACUAGGAAUCAAAGAGCUCCCCGAGUCCGCCAUGUCCGAGCUCGCCGCCAAUUGCCGCCAAGUGAAUCUGGAGCAAUUGUUUCUCUCUGCACUCAAAAUCUCCAGAUGAUCGAACUCGCUCUUCUCCAAAUUGAAAGCCCUGUCUCUGGCCCUACUCCCGUUGCCAUCGACGCCCUCGUCCGCUAUUGUAGUCUGCCAUCGCUGGGUCCUGCAGACUCCCAUUCCUCCCACGCAUGUCGAAGCCACGUUGCCGUCACCUGCGAGAGGAAAAAUACGCCAUCCAUGAAAAGUGUUCGUGGCUCGAUUAUCUUCCCAAUGAACACGAAAAGAUGGAACAAUAUGCUCGAGGGAAACACUAAGGACUCAAUAACGAAGCCAUUUCAUUGCCAUGCCAGGCAAGAAAUAUCAGGUGCCAAAAGAAAAGAAAAGAUCUCGGGAAUUAAGAACGAUGCAAAGAUUCCUUCUAGUCAAACGUGUGACAUGGUGCAAGGAGCCAAAAGGGCAAUCUUAUUUUCAGCAGUAAAAUAAGCCUUCAAGAUCUCUACGUCUAGAACGGGAUCAUCCUUUAAGAUUUAAACGUC